GAAAAAGAAAAUAAAUAAAAUAUAAGAAACAAAGCAACGCUGAUUUAGAUUCAGACAGUCUAAUCCCUUUUCUUACCUACUAGCACUUCCACGCACCAUGCUGACAGAGAAUGUUCGUCGUUCCAAGCGCAUUCAGGAUGCUCGUCGUUCCAAGCGCAUUCAGGAUGCUCGUCGUUCCAAGCGCAUUCAGGAUGCUCGUCGUUCCAAGCGUACUCAACUGGAUCUCCCAAGGGAAUCCCCCCCUCCGGUCAAAAAACAUCACCUUCCUGAAAGACCCGACGUUGUCACGAAAACCCGGGGGUUCCGCACUGCCGUUCUCGAAGGUGACAUGAUCCAGAUCGCAGCGGGUCAUUGCCAUUCUGGGAUUAAUCCGGUCCUUAUAGUUGAAGGCCGCAUUCCCAGCACUCUUCACCGUGGACACGCAUAUAUCCCGUCAAUUCGUGGAGCUGAUCCUCCAGUCAUCUUGUUCAGCUCUGUUAAACGAGAGCCCUGUGAGCUGCGUGAGCAGAUGAGAUUAGCAUUAAAGGUUGCUUUGAAGCAUUGUCAGAAGAACCUUGUAAUUGGAAUGUUUGGUGUCAGCGAACAGGUUCCCGCUACUACAGUCUCGAAACUCUGGCGUGAUCUUCUUGCUGAAUUUCUGAACCAGUUCGAGGACGUCAUAUUUGCACUUCCUACUCAACACCUCGCCGAUACCUUUCGUAGCAACUUACGUGCCUCGGCAUUUUUUCCAUGCUGCUAUUGA